GGGCGCGCGCGGCGCUGGUGGCGCUGCCUGCACGCGCCGUUGCCUGCACGGAGCGCGGCGGCGGCAGCGGCGAGCAGCAGCAGCGGCAGCAGCAGCAGCGGGAGCCACCGGCGCGCACGGCGAUGCCCGCUCUGCUCCCGCCGCUGGCCGCCCCCUGAAGACACCCCUCUGUAUUUCCCCCCCCCCCCCCCCCCUCCGCUCUCCAGCGACCUCAGGCUCUUCCCCCCCUUCCCCUUCCCCCCCCUCCCCUUCUUUUUCCCUUCCCCCCCCCCCCCCCCGCCUCUUUAUCCUCCUUUUUUGCGACCCUCCGCACCCUCCCGGUUGCCGUGUGGAUGCGGCCCGGGGUGCCUGGCUGCGCGGGUGGCGAGAGCAGAUGCUGAGGGGCCGGAGGAGGAUGGAGUGCACCCUCGAUGCGCAGAGUUUGAUCAGUAUUUCCCUGCGGAAGAUCCACAGCUCCCGCACGCAGCGAGGCGGCAUCAAGCUCCACAAGAACCUGCUCGUCUCCUAUGUGCUCCGCAACGCCCGGCAGCUCUACCUGAGCGAGCGCUACGCCGAGCUCUACCGCCGCCAGCAGCACUACCCCGACGGCGCUCCGCUCCUCGCCAUGCCCGCCUGCCCGCCGCCCGCCGCCGCCGCCGCCCCGCCGGAGCUGGCGGCGCUCCCGCUGCCCGCCGACACGCAGGACCGCGAGGCGCGGAGCUGCGCGGCGGCGCGGGGCGGUGCGGAGCUGCUGGAGGUGCCGGUGUGCGCGGCGCCCCCGGAGCUGCAGCGAGCGCCCUGCAGAGACUCGUCCCCGGGCUUUUACCGGGCCGCCGGUAGCGCCGGUCCCGGCGGUGGCGGCGGCGGCGGCAGCAGCGCGCCCCCAGGGCUGCUCUACGCCGCCGGCUGUGACUUCGGGAGCGGCGGGGCGCCGCACUGUAGCAGCCGCACCACGGUGCUGGAUUUGGACACUCACGUCGUGACCACGGUGGAGAACGGGUACUUGCACCAGGACUGCUGCUCGCAGUGCCCCUGCUGCUGCCAACCGGCACCGGGGCUCGCCUCCCCGCCGCCCACGCCGGGCACCAAGCGCAAGUAUUACCCGGGGCAGGAGGAGGAAGAGGAGGGGGUGGAGGAAGGGGAGCCGGGGGGAGGCGGGGUGGCGGGCGGCCCCCCCUUCGCCCCGUGCACCAAACGCGCCCGUUUCGAGGAGUACAGCGCCGAGCACCCCCAGGACUCUUCCAACAUCUCCAACUUGAUCUCCAUCUUCGGCUCCGGUUUCACGGGGCUGGUGAGCCGGCAGCAGGCGGACUCGGAGCAGCCCCUCAACGGGCAGCUGUGCAGCAAGCAGGCGCUGGCGAGCCUGGGAGCCUGGACUCGGGCCAUCGUCGCGUUUUAGAGAGGAGCGGGGAGCAAAAGGGAGGGGGGGGCGGGGGUGUGCGUGUUUGCAAAACGGGGGUGCGAUCCGAGGGACAGCGGUUCCGGAGGGGGGGGGAACCCUGAAACAAAGGAGGGGAGGGGGGGUUGGGGCGAGGGGAGGGGGGGGGGGGGGUGCCGAGGGGUGCGCAGGGGAGGUGGGAGGGCAGAGCCACGCUAGUGUUUUAUAAAUUGUACAAUAAAGAAAAAAAAAUCUAAGAUCUUGGGACUUUAUUUUUGCAGAGAUGAGAGAGAGAGAGAAAAAAAAAACCAACAAAAAAUAAGCAAACAAACGGAAACAAAACAACAACAACAACAAAAAAAAAAACAACGAAGCACCUAUUUAAAUAAUCCUCUUUGUGUCCGCUCGGGUUCUCUUCGCGGCGGGUUUCCCGGGGCCGGUGCUGGCGGCGGGGAAGCGCCACGUGAGAGCCGGGCCCCGGCCCCGGGACCCCGCGGCGGGGAGAGACCCCGGCCCCCUCCCCGCCCAGCGGGGUCCCUCCGCCCCCGGCUCGGUUGGUUUUGGGGUACGGGGAGGGGAAAAAGCAGCCGCUGCCGGUUGGCUUUUGUGCAUUUCUUUAGAUAUUUAAAAGAAAGAAAAAAAAAAUGGGGGGUGAGGGGGCGCAGAAAUGAAAACAUUUCAACUUUCCUCCCAGAAGAAACGUGUGCGAUGUGACUUCUCCUUCCCACCGCUUGUGCCAGGGUAAAGCUGGAGGGUUACGAGAGCUGAAAUUUUGGGGAGGGGGUGUGUGUGUGUGCGGGGUUGAAGGGGGGGGGGACUGGGGGUAAAGCAGGGGCCGGGGGUCCCUCCGGGCUGCUCCCCGCCGCGCCGGGGAGGGGACGAGCCGCCCCCGGCAGCCCGGAGCCUCCGCCUCGGUGUGUGUUUGUGAUGCCGCAGGUAACCGUGUAACACUACUCACGUCUCCGGUGUGCUGUGUCGGGUCUCUCACUCUUUUUUUUUUUUUUUUUUUUCCCCCUUUUUUUUUCCUUAAGUUCAACUGUUCUGGUUUCAGCCUUCCCAAUCAUAAAACCAGCAUUGUUUGGUCUUGUGAAGAGAUCUGUCUCCUGUAGAGUCUCUUGAUUUUUUUUAUAUAUCUUUUUUUUUUAAAAAAAAGAAAAACCUUUUGUUGUAAAAAGGUGGGUUUUCUGGUCGUCCCCCCACUCCUUGUUUUUUUUGCAGCCUGCCCACUCUUAACUUCACGGUAUCAGCAGUAUGUGUAACUGAGGAUGCUUUGCCAAACGGUCUGUUGGGGUCUUUUUUUUUUUUUUUUUUUUUUUCCUUUUUCUUUGUUUGUAAGCCUGUAUUUUUGUGCAUAUGGAAUUGUAUAUCACCGGGUAAAACUGUUCAGAUUUGUUUAAAUUUAUAAUCUUAAUAAAAAGUCGAUUAUAAAAGUU